UCCGUCUUGGAAGCCACGUCUUAUUUAUUUAUUUAUUUCAGUACUGGGCACAAUGGGCAGGGGUCCCUGAAUCAUGCCCCUAGUUAGGCCUGAGCGAGGGGGGCACCUGUACCUUAUUUAUACUUAUUUAUUUAAGGGCUGGAGGAAGGGAGGCAGGUGACUUGUGAGUCCUCAAGGAGGGGAGAUGGGAUCCCCGAUUCUAUAAGGAGCAUUUCCACCUUUCCACGAUGUCUUCCGGGCUCCUCCCCUCAGGGCCUGGACAGAAGCAUAUAUUAUUAUUUAUUAAACAAUUACUUUGUAAUGUUAGGGUGAGUAGGGAAGGGAAAAGGAAGACUGGGUUUGGGUACAAAAAUGUGAGAAGGCCUUGUGAGAUGGAGGGGAUUGCAUUUGUCUUCCUCACACCCUUGUGGGUGCCAUUGAGACCUGGGCUUGCACGCUGGGGUCCUCCUACAGGUAGAGCAGGAGAGGGGCGUGGCUGGCAGCCCGGAGAGCUCUGCGUGGGCUGGGUUUGAGCUGCCUCUGAGCCAGCACCUCAGGUGGAAGGUUCCAGAUCCGGAAGGUCACCCUGUGACUGAUGGUAUCAGAAAGGACAAAACUUUGAGCUCGAGGUCAUCUGUUCUGGCACCGUUCCCGCAGGCAAGUGGGAAAGAACCUACAUGCCCACCGGUGGGGACAACUCAAUAACAAAGUUCCUCCGCGAACACAACAGCUGCCUGGUCACAGCUAGGGAGGCGGGGAGAGGAGACAGCCACAGUGCGCUGUCCAGGAGGGUGUGACAAAGAGCAGACUGCACAGCCGCUGCACCAUCCUGAUUCUGUGAUUCUCUUUCUAUGUGUAUAGAUGUUUUUAAACCCCAGAGGGAAAUACACCAACAUGGUGAUAAUGGCUGUCUGAGGGUUGAAGGACCAUGGCCACAGCCCACGUCCCCCCACCCUGAGAGGCCGUGCUGAGGGGCCAAAGCCGGCGGGGUGGCCCCUGGGUAGCGGGUCCUUCCCGUACUCAAGCCUGUGGCCAUCAUGAAGCGGCUUUGGAACACCCGGCCAGCUCAGCCGCGCAAGGGCUCCGCCCAGUGGGUCCCUGUUCUGGGCAAUCUGCAGAAGACCCUCCAGAAGGGCGAGCACCUGCCGCUACGUCCACUACCCAUGUUCGAGAGUAACUUUGUUCAGGUGACAGAAGUCGGGAGCCCUGUGUUCCUGCAUCACAGAGCCAACCGGGUGACCAUGGGUGUGGCUGCUUCUCUGCCUGGCCUGGUGCUUCCAGACAUCCUGCUCUUCGCUCGGCCCCGGACCAGGGAUGACUCCUGUCUCGAGUUGACCAGGAUGAUCCCACUGGACUUUGCCCGCCUUCACAUCCACGACACAUCCGCCCGGCGCCUGAAGCUGCGGCUAGUCACUGGCCGCUGCUACUACCUGGACCUGGAGGCCCCGGACCGAGAGAUGAGCUUCCUGUUCGACUGUUGGGUGCGGCUUGCUCACCUGCUCCAGGAGCCAGCAACCGCCUGGGCCCCGUGGCCCCUGCACCCAUCUGGCCAUGAUGUGCUUCUGGCCAAGGUGCCUGCCUCCACCUGGCGCCUGCAGGACCUGGCCCACGGCACCCAGACAGCUGCCACGCAGGAGCCCACCUUUCCUCAUAAGAGGCCCCCUGUACAGAAGCCAAGGAAGGCUAAGCGCAGGUUCCAGUCCCGGGCUGUAGGCGACUCUGUGCCUCUCUUCUGGUCACAGCAGGAUUGUGCGGAUGUGAGGACAAAGUCCACGGAAAACAGGUCUGCCCCCAGUGCCAAUCCCGACAGACGUGACAUCCAAAUCCACGGUUCUGGAAAGAACAGCAACACCAUCCGCACCAUCUUCAGCAUUAUCUCCAGCACCAUCCACCAGGCCUGCACACCUGACUCUGAGGAGGCCCCUGGCCGGGAGGGCCUGAUUGCAACCCCAUCCCGCUGUGUCUCACGGGACAGCUCUGGCCUUUCACGGCUGGGGUCCAUCGAUUCUUUGGAGAUACUCCUAUGGCAGCACGAGAUCGAGGACUUCCUGGCCCCAGAAUCUACCACUCUGUCCUCUUCCUCUUUGAACACUGCUCCAUAUUCUCCUGCCCUGUACCUCUUUCCACCCUGUCCCUCUUUCUCCAGUCCCCAGGACAAGGCCAGAGAUGUGGACUCGAGGCUGGGCCAGGGGCCACCACCCUCCCAGAAGGCCCUGUCUAGUGCUGGUCCACAGCGGGGAGCACCAGUCAUCAUGGACAAGCCGCAGAGGGUGCCAGCUGUCUCUGGUGGUCCCCAGAAGUCCCCAGCCUCUGCCCACCCAUUCCAGAAGGCCCUGACUGUGCUCUCUCCACCACCCCAGUCUCCGACAGUCCUGCCUACCUGCACGGGUCCCCAGAAGGCUGCAUGUCCCCAAGGCCCAGAGAAGGAGCCUCUGUUCCUGCCCACCUGGUCCCAGCAGACCCCUGCCCCACUGCCCCAACCCCAGGCAGCCCCUAGCCCUCCUGCCUUGCAGGGGAAGCCCCCUACCCAGCUUGACAUGGUGUUGGCAGGACCUCCAGGAGCAGAUGUGACCAAGAGAAGCAAGCACGAGGGGUCGCCAGGGCCCCGGGUGUUGGUGGGCAUACAGGAGAUGAAUGUGACGGAGAUAAGAACCCAGGAGGUGUCCCUGGACCUGCCCUUUGGCACCACCACCAAGGAGUCCAAGGAGGUGCUGGUCAGCCAAGCCCGGGAGGUCACCCUGGGGGGCCUGUGGGGCCAGGCAAAGCUGGAGGACACGGCCCACAGGAGGAGGGAGGAAGUGCUGUUGGACCUGCCCAGUGUGAGGUCCAAGGAAGUGGAGCAGCAGAAGACAAGGGUGAGGACCCAACAGGUGGCCUUCAAGGGUCCUGGCCAGGAGCGCAGCAGGGCCUUUUCUGUGGAGGGGCUCUCCAUGGCCAAGCCGAUGAUCAUGGCCAACUCCAAGGAGCAGUGCCCAUGGCCAGCCAUGGCUUCCCUGCCCUCCCGGCUUGCAGGGACUUCCCAGGCAGGAGCCAUGUCAGUGGAUAUCGAGGUAUCAGUGCCCUGGAGCCCCAGCCAGCUGUCCCUGCUGGAGGACACACGAGUGGUGGUCAGGGACCAGCCAGAGUCUCACCCUUGUGGAAAGGAGCAAGCAGAGCGACAGAUGGACAGAGAGCCACCCCGGGACUCAGGGGGGUCUUCUAAGGGGCCCCUCAGCCCCGUGCCUGGCUCCAACAGCCCGAUGAGGACCGCGGAUCCUCUCGUGCCCAUCCCCCUGCCCGCCUCACUGUGGGAGGACUUGCCACAACCUCCUCUCCCUCCAGCCUGCAGCUCGGGGGCCAAAGCCCCAGCAAGGGUGCCCCAGCAGCUCACAAGGGCCUCGCAAGGGCCCGUGAGGAUGCCCAGGCCACAUUCUCCAGCCACAGCUAGGUCCUCCUCAGAGAGCAUCCUGCCAGUGCUCUUGGAAAUUCCAAGUGUGAGGGAUGUGGCCACCCAGGCGCAGAUCACAAAGGGGGACCUGCGACUCCUUCACCCUUUGGCCAGCCUGCAGCCUUCCCAGCGCUUUCAGUAGCGGUCACAGAGGCGGUGGCUCGGUGGCAAGCUGUGGAGGAGCCCGCGGGGCCAGGUACUCGAGACCCUGGGACCUGCCUUGGGCCGGCCCCCGCGCAGGACUCAACUGCCCUUUUCCUCUGCCCACAGGCCCCGGGGUGCUGGGCACCCUUCCUCGGAGUGCCAGUGGGGUCCCUCUUCAGGAGAGAUCAGAGCAGUCUGUACAUUUAUAUGUGGGGGUGCGGCGUGGGAAGGGGCUCCCGAGUAGAAAUUAAAGACUUGAGUCUGGGACUGUGCCAAAGCCGACUUGGUGCCUGCGCACCGACCCGAAGACCUGGGGACGGGAGGGGCUGGGGGACUGGGAUUGGGGUGAGGGCUCGGGGUCCAGCGGCGUCCAUUGGCUGGGGUUCCCAGGCUCCCAGCCAAUCCAGCGCGAAGGUCGUGUUCUUCGUGGGAGGCGGGCACCCCAGGACUCCACAGCCAGGC